GCUGGCUCUGCAGGAAAAGGAACAACCCUGGAUAAGAGUUCAGAUGUUGAUCUGGUUAUCUUCCUCAGCUGCUUCUCCAGCUUCCGGGAUCAAGUAGAGAAGCGUGAAUGUGUGAUCAAGAUCAUUGAAGAGAAAUUGAAUAAGUUUAUCCAGAGUAUGGCUUUCAGCGUUCAAAUCUUCCCAUUGAGUCAAAGGACAACUCCCCCACGCUCACUUUCUCUCUCCAUCAGGGCAGAAAAGAAGACAGAGUUGGUAGAGGUGGAUAUCCUUCCAGCUUAUGAUGUUUUAGGUCAGAUAACUGCUACAUAUGAGCCACCUGUGGAGGUCUAUAUCAAACUGAUUGAAGCCAAUGGAAAGCCAGGGGAGUUCAAUACUUCCUUCACAGAGCUGCAGCGGAAUUUUGUGAAGUGCCGUCCACCAAAGCUCAAAGGUCUGCUACGGCUCGUUAAGCACUGGUACAAAGAAAUCAAGAAGCACAGCGUAUCAUUGCCCCCCAAAUUUGCCUUGGAAUUGCUUACCAUUUAUGCUUGGGAAAAAGGGACAAAUGAAGCAGAGAAAUUCGACACAGCAGAAGGGUUUUGCACAGUGAUGGAGUUAAUCACUCAGUACCAAGAUCUCUGCAUCCAUUGGACUAAAUACUAUAAGCUUGAGCAUCUCAAAAUAAGGCAGUGUGUGAAAGAAAAGUUGAGGGGGUCACGUCCUGUGAUUGUUGAUCCGGCAGAUCCAACAGCAAAUGUUGCCAAAGCCAAUGGAGAAGCUUGGGAUCGACUGGCCAAGGAAGCUUCUUAUUGCCAGAAGCAGCCAUGUUGCAUGAAGGAUAAUGAACCUAUCAAACCCUGGAAUGUGCUGCCAACCCCAGAGAUUGAAGUGACGGUGGAACAACACAGAGGAGCACCCACUGCUGUAUCGUGCAGCCCUUUUGCCUCCAUCAAGUGGAUCAAGGAGCAAGUGGGGAAAGGGGGGCAUAGCUGUGAGCUGUGUUUGGAGGAACCUGGGCAGGUAAAUAUAGUCCUGCAAAAUGAUAAAACACUAGCAGAUUAUGGGAUAUUCUAUGAUACUACCAUCCAGCUACGUCAUACUACGUCCCAAAAGAUAGAAAUCCUUGUGAAAGACCUGAACAGCAAAACGACAAACUACACAGUGAACACCAGUGAAAUUGUCCUAGGCCUGAAAAAGAUGAUUGAAGCCCGCACACAUGUACUGGUAAAUCAGCAGCGCCUCACCUACAAUGAUAAGGAGCUGGAAGAUGGAAAUACACUUGCCUAUUACAAUAUUAGGAGCAAAGAUACUGUCUACCUGCUUUUGAGGCUUAGAGGUGGGCAUAGCUUUAUAAGAACAAGAAGAAUGCCUAGUCUUCCAGGCACACAGUUAUGAGUUAUUCCUAUAUACUGAGUAUAUAGGAAAAAACAUUUACAGUAUGGCUUUUGAGGGGAUUUAAAUUUUUAUAAACUGCUAAUCGGUCAGAGAAUAAAGAAGGGGAAGUUAGAAAUUAAAUACCUAUCUACUUUUCCAAGCAGCUCCUUUUUUCUUUUCUUUUCAUAAAUAAAAAAUAGUAAUACAAUGGAGACUUCAGUAUUAAAUUCAAAGAUAUAAGCUUUUUUCAUAUAAAUAAUUCAAUGCACUUUGCAACUAAUUAUCAAUGUCAUAUUAAUUGUACACUUGAAGCAACUGUGUUCAUGUAUAUCUUAGAAAUCAUAUUUAACAUUGAUAUAAAUUUUCUAUUGUGAAAUGUUUAAUUCACUUUAAUCAUCACAGUUAAUGAUUAAAGCUCCAGUUUCUAUCAUAUAAACGCCACUGUACUUAGCUGCUGUUUGUAUUAUAUAAUGUAUUAUUUGUAUUCUAUAAUAAAACAAUUAAUUUGG